UUUGAGUUUUAGAGAGAGCUGCAAUUUUCAGGCUUGACCUCAUGCAGUUGGUAUUGUACUCCUGUCAAGUGGUGACAUUUUAGGGCUUCAGGCUGAAAUAAGUUGUUGGUUUACCAAAUGGGAAUAUUUUGCUGGAAUCAAAGCUUUUGCAGUUUACUAAAAUCAAGCUGAGAACCUCGUUUUUCAGUCACAGCUGUGCCCCCCACCCCACCCCACCCCACCUCACGCCCCCUCCCCAACAAAAAGUGCCACUCCUGUCCGCCUCCGAGGCACAGGUGGAGCAGCCAUGUCCACCGGCUCCGCAGCAAGCGACGCCGAGGACUACGAGACGUGCUACAGAAGGACUGCAAACCCUCUGGAGAGGACAGCGCAGAAAACCACCUGCUACAACCCUAACCCGUACUCGGACGAGGAGCCCGAGGACGAGAGGGUCAAGCACGAGCGCAGACUCCCCAGGGCGCACCAGAAGGAAGCGCGGCAGUCACAGAGGAACGCGGCCAACGCCAGGGAGAGGGCGCGGAUGAGAGUGCUGAGCAAGGCUUUCUCCAGACUUAAAACGAGCCUGCCCUGGGUGCCGGCGGACACCAAGCUGUCCAAACUGGACACGCUUCGACUCGCCUCGAGCUACAUAUCUCACCUGAGACAGCUUUUGCAGGAUGACCGAUUCGAGAACAGCUUUGCGCACCCAGUCAGUCUGGUAUGA